CUUCAGUCCAUGGUUCAGACUAUGGAGCUGUGGGUACAGCUGAAGCAGGCCGGGCUGGAGCCCCUUGGAUUGGGCCCACUCCCCCAGGCCCUAAGAAUGCCCCUGCCAGAGGGGAACCCAGGCCAGACCCUUAUGUCCUCAGGGACGGAACUUGGGGGCGCCAGAGAGCCGUUGUUGUGGAUCUGGGAGGAGUUGGGGAACCUGCGCAGAGUGGAUGUCCAGCUGUUGGGACAGCUGUGUCACCUGGGACUGGAGAUGGGUGCCCUGCGGGAGGAGCUGGUCACCAUCCUGGAAGAGGAGGAGGAAGAAGAGAAGGAGGAGGAAGAGGGCAGCUGUGUUGAAGAAGAGGAAGAAGGGCCUCAGGGGAAGCAGGAGGAAGGACAUCCUGGUGCCUCCUUUCCAGCUCAGCACCUCCCUCACUUUGAGAUGAUCAUCUGAGGUGAUAUAGUUCGACACACAAAUGAGAUACAAAUUCAUGCAGAGGAGAUUCGGAGGGUCCGAUCAUAUUGAGAAUCAGUGGCAAUCCUUCAGCAGACUGUUCUCCCCAGAGGAGUGCUUCGGGAGAUCCUGGUAGUGGCUCUGGGAGAUGUGGGCAGGUUUGACUGUAGGUUUGGGAGGGGCACAGAAGACAUAGAUCUAUCUGCAGAAAUGCUUCCAGUCUGCACUGGCUUGGCAAAAGUGAUAGAGAUAUUGACAGACAGGAUCGAAGACCAAUUCAGCCUAGUAUGGGUGUCAUGGCUAUUAAGUAAUUGAGACAUGGCAAGUUCAGACGGAGAUGUGAGAUAUGGCAAAGGUCA